AUGUCAACUGUGCCUUUGAAGAGCGUUCCCGCUGUGGGACAGCUAGUGUCGCAUGACGGAGCAACAUAUUCGACCGUUCGAGAAGGUCUUGCCUACAUCUUGAUUCCACCCGAAACCCAACUCUCGACCGAACCCAAAGCGAAGACGGCAAAGGCAGCUGAGGAAGCCGAGCUGAAACGCCAAAAUGUCUUUUACAACCCUAUCCAGCAAUUCAAUCGGGACAUUAGUGUGCUAGCGAUCAAGGCCUAUGGCGAGGAUUGGUUGGCGAGGAAGAGGAGUCGGGAUGAACGAGGCAAAGCGAAGGUUAAUCCGAGGAAGAAUUCGAAGAAACGAAAAUUUGAUCAGUUGAAGAAUGGUUUGGCCCAAGAGGACGGCGCGAGUGAUCCUUCGAAGUCGUUGAAGGUCGAUGCUGAAGGCGAUGCUGGUGUGCCAGAGACGGCCACGACCAGCGUUGCGGGAGUCGACGUCCCAAUGACAGGAACUGUUGGCGAGAAGCAGGUCAAAGAUACGCCCCAGGCGCAAGCAACACAGAAGGAAACUUCGGACGAUGAUGGGGGUGUGGCAGUGGCGACGACGACGGCAACGACGGCAGAUACGACAAAAGGCCCACGAUUCCGCAUACUCGAUGCGCUUUCGGCAACCGGAUUACGAGCUCUCCGCUACGCCAAAGAGAUCCCAUUUGUAACGAAUGUGGUUGCAAAUGACAUGAACCCUAAUGCGAUCAAAGCGAUGGGUCUGAACGUCACUCACAAUGAUCUCGAAGGGGUCAUUCAUCCUAACGUUGGAGAUGCCAUUGGACACAUGUACCGUGUUGCAUAUCCGACGCCGGACGCCCACGGCCCGAAUCACAUUUACAGAAAAUACGAAGUCAUCGAUCUGGAUCCCUAUGGCACGGCAGCUCCUUUUCUUGACGCCGCUCUGCAAGCAUUGAGCGACGGAGGUCUACUGUGCGUUACAUGUACUGAUUCUGGUGUGUUUGCGUCUUGUGGAUACUCAGAGAAGACGUACUCGCUCUAUGGAGGGAUGCCUAUCAAAGGAAAUCACAUGCACGAAGGCGGUUUACGAUUGAUCAUCAAUUCUGUGGCCACCGCAGCGGCGAAAUACGGCAUCGCCAUUGAGCCUCUGCUGUCACUCAAUAUUGAUUACUACGCUCGAACAUUCAUUCGUGUGCGCAAGAGUCCUGUAGAAGUCAAGUUCUUGGCGAGCAAGACCAUGGUCGUUUAUGGCUGUGACGCCGGAUGCGGAGCAUGGACGACUCAGCGUUUAGGACGAGCCACCAAGCAGUCCAGCGCCAAUGGUACGCCUUUCUUCAAAUAUUCGAUCGCACAAGCUCCCGGAUGUGAUCAAGUCUGCCGGCACUGCAACAAUAAGACUCACGUCGCAGGACCGAUGUGGGCAGGGCCUAUUCAUAACGCCGCAUUUGUCGAGAAGAUGCUCGACGAUCUUCAAGAUGCCGACCCAGAGAUUUACCAGACCAAGCUUCGCAUGGAGGGAAUGCUACGUACAGCACUGGAGGAAUUGAUCGUCAACGAUCGCGUAACACAAUUCACAAAACCAUCAGCUCCUCAGAAUGGUGAAACUUCGGCCCCACCCACCGAUCUCGUCCCGAUUGUUCCUCCCGAAACUAUCGACCACUCACCCUUCUUCUUCAACCCUUCAACCCUGUCUAAAGUCCUCCACUGUCAGGCGCCAUCUGAUGCCGCCAUUCGUGGAGCAAUACGAUAUCUAGGCUAUAGAGUUACGCGUAGUCACUGUCAGCCCGGCAGUAUCAAGACUGACGCUCCUUGGACGGUGAUCUGGGAGAUUAUGAGGGAGUGGGUGCGGCAACAUAGUCCGAUCCGAGAAGGCGCACUUCGCGAGAAGAGUGCGGGUUGGAAUAUCCUCCAGGCCAGUCGAAAACUCAAGAACGACGAGAGCGAGGCCAGCAAGGCUGGAGAGGAAAGCGCCGAGACGCCAGCGGUAGCUGCGAUUGAAAAUGCCACGAGCGAAGAUAAAUCUAGAGAACAGACCCCUGUGAUUGUCACGGAGAACGCUUCGGCACAGGCAGCCGCAAAGCCGGCCGGGGCCAAGUCUGGUUCAGAUACUGAUGUUCAGAAGCUCAUCAUUGUGUUUGACGAAGCUCUUGGACGGGACAAGCCUGGGAAGCGGCUGGUGCGCUAUCAGAUGAACCCGCGCGAGAACUGGGGACCAAUGGCCAAAGCGAAAGGCAGUGCUUGA